AACUAUCGCGUUCGCGUUGCGCACUCUUCUUGUUCUUGUCCGUGAUCGUCAUCGUGCUUAACCGUGUUUAAUCGUUUUGUUCUUUUUUUCUUUUAUUAAUCUUUCCAGUGUGUUGUUUAUUCGUGUUUAUGUCGUUACGUCGAUCUUACCGGUCGAAAUUGUCAGUUUAAAACAGUGAUCAUUUUGACGAUAAUCAUAAGUUGUUAUCGUAGAUCUAUCGAACAUCGAAAUAAGUGGUAGGUUAAGAAGAAAUCGGUGAAGGGAGUUAAUUUAAAAAAAAAAUUGUAAUAAAUAUAAGUAGUUUAAUUAAAUAUAAAUAAAUAAAAUUCAUCAAAGUAUUAUCGAUAAUAGUCGAGUCAUCAUCUCGAUGACCUUCGGUGGCGCGAAGGCGCCGACUGUUGCGACACGGUGAACUGUGACUCGGUGAACACUGAAGAAAAAGAAAAGGAAGAAGUUUAAGAUUAGGAAGAACGAUAGAGAGUAAACAUAGAAGAUUUAAUUCUCGGCAGGAUGGAUAAAGGCUCGACUCGUAGGAAAUGCGGGAAAGUGCGACGUACUCUGUUUCAUCUGCUGCUUAUAGUGGGGGGUGUUACGGGUUUAAAGGAUUUAACGAUCAACGUACCAGCAAUGGUAAGAUCUGGUGACACCGUCACACUGACUUGCUCGUACGACUUAGAGGGCUCACCGUUGUAUAGCAUUCAAUGGAGCUUAGAAGAGGUAGAAUUCUAUCGUUACGUGACCGAACGAAUACCAAGCAAAAGCGCAUACAAUGUGAGCGGAAUACACGUUAAUGUCAACGCAUCCGAUCAUGUUAGUGUAACACUAGUAGACGUGACAAGAAAUCUAACCGGGAUGUACAAGUGUGAAGUAUCAGCUGGUAAACCCUCUUAUCAUACGCUGAUCGAGAGAGCGAAAAUGAUGGUAGUAGACGCCCCAAAAACGGAUCCGACUAUCGGCAGUGAGAAAGAGCGCGUAGCAGUAGGAGAAACGCUAAGAGCAAAUUGCACCUCCGGUGCAUCCCGUCCAGCCUCUGCCAUUACGUGGUUGCUCAACGAAGAUCCUAUAACGAGCAACAAUUCACAAUUUGGAAUACGACCGUAUUCGAUUCAUCUAGAGGACGACACCUUUAAGACGAGAUCAAAUAUAGAAUUUAAAAUCACCAAUGACAUGUUUCGAGACGGCCGGCUUCGCUUAAGCUGUAUAGCAUUCAUUUCUGACGUAUACCGAAAAUCUGCGGACAUGGAAAUAGCUGUCGACGAACCUCUUAUUGCCCCUAUUACCGGGGAUGCAUCUCCGCACAGUCACACAGAAUCAAGUGCAAGCGUUGUUACGAACCAACAAGUUUGGUACUCCACAGCGAUGACUUCGAUUGCCUUGGCUACAGUGAUACUGGCGAUGACCGAAGCCUUGACGAGCGGACGACUUACGAGUGCUGUACUUGGUACAAGGUAGCUUGUCCACGACAUUAACGAGAACAUCAUUGCCACUGUCUGACCCGAAUACAUCGUCCAUGUAAAACCUAGUAGUCUAGGGCUUCCAGUUAUGUAUGUUACUAUGUAUUGAAGUAGAUAGUCGAAUAACGAUGAUUUUUAUUGUAAACGAAUGAAACAAAAUAAGGUGACAAGAACGAUUAACAAAGACACAAAAGAAAAAAAUAAUAACAACAAAAGAAAAUUGAAACGAAAAUAGCCUGACGAAACGACGAUGAAAUAUAUGAUUGUAAGAAAAAAAAAAAAACAAACAAAGAAAAAAAAUAAAAAAAAAUAACAAGACGGUGGGACGCGUCACGUUUAUUAAAAAAAUAAAAUAAAAAGGACAAAAAAAAAUAACGACCCCAUUGUAAAAUCUACGACGACCUAUUAUAAGUACAUAACGCAGUUACUUUUGAACAUGUUAUCUUUUUGAUGUAAAUUGUUAAUUAAGUGGAGGCAAUGCAAGGUGAACGACGAAAGAUCGAAUCUUUCGUUCGUUCUUUAAAAGUAAAAGAAGUAAAAAUACAUAUAAAUAUGAAGAAAAAAGUGUGUCCUAUUAGAAGAGGGAGAAAUUAUGUACGCGGGGGGAAUACUAACCUAAGAGUUCUAGCAAGAGAGGAAAAUGUUGGACAAUCAGGAGCAAUUUUCCUAUUUCCUCUCUGUUAUAAAUCGAAAAUUUGUCUAACUACUGCCACCAUUCCCGCGAAAUACAAGUUCUCUCUUCGGAUUUUCUCUUCUUCGUUAUAAGGAUACGCGCCAAUGUUAAGCGACAAUGAAUAAAAAGAAAUGAAAAUAAUAUAACAUAAAUAUAAAAAUAAAAAUAAAGAUAAAAGUAAAAAUAAAA